CUCUGCCGUAAAACUGAUCACCCCUCACAGAAUUCGACAUCCCCACACACUAAGUGUUCCUUAGACGAAGGUCGAGAAGGUCAUACCCCAGCUUCUAGCCCAGUUCCUCUGCCUGGUAUCCUGGAAAGGCCCGACUCGACCGCACUGGUGGUCGUUGGGGUCAUUGAGUUGCGAAGCUGCAGUCUUUACACCGGCUCAUAAAGUCGGUGGCGGAAAAUCCGGGGCAGUAGCUGCAAUGACGAAGGUACCGUUGCGAUGGGCCCUGGUAAGAUGUAAUAAGUAGAUAAAAACGCGCAUGUAUGUGCAGACGUAGCAGGUCCUCGAGUGAAUAACCUGUGGUUUAGGAUCUCUUCUCGUCAGCAAGUUUUCUAGUACUUCACCGUGUUUAUCGUGGUCGCCAAGAUGCUUCUUACGUUGCUUGCCGCUUGUUCUGUUUACAUCAGCUUUGCCGUUUCUGUUCCAGUGACGGAAAGAGAAUACGUCGUAGCCCCUACUGUGACGGUUAAGAAUGGUACCUACUCAGGUAUUCACAGUGCCGAGUAUGAUCAAGACUUCUUCCUCGGUAUACCCUACGCUCAGUCUGUACAGAAAGCAGUACGCUUCAGCCAAGCUCAGCCUCUGAAUAAGACCUGGGAAGAUACGAGAGAGGCCACAUCCUACCCACCACACUGUAUUGGAUAUGGCGGGGACGAGGUUGGAUACGAACUGUCAGAAGAUUGCCUCUAUAUCAACGUGGUCAGACCAGCAGGGCUCAACAACACCUCUGACUUGCCUGUGGCUGUGUGGAUACAUGGUGGUGGUCUCUAUAUGGGUGGCUCGGCCGACAAGAGAUAUAACUUGACCUUUAUCGUUGAAAACUCUGUUAAUCAGGGUACUCCCAUUGUCGCUGUGAGUUUCAACUACAGACUGUCCGCGUUCGGGUUUUUGAGCGGAAAGGAAGCUCUUGAGGCUGGGGUGACAAACAUCGGCUUCCGCGACCAGCGCCUGGCUCUGCACUGGGUCAACGAGAAUAUCCAAGCCUUUGGGGGAGCCUCUGACAAGGUCACAAUCUUUGGCGAAAGCUCCGGAGCCGAGUCGGUUAGCGCUCAAGUCUUUGCUUACAACGGUCGUGAUGACGGUCUUUUCCGUGGAGCUGUUGCCGAGUCUGGUUUUGGAGGAGUGCUCCCCAGAUAUCCGGGCGGCUAUAAUGCCACCCAGUACCAACAAGCCACUUUCGAUACACUUGUACAGAACACGUCCUGCGCCUCGACUGUGGGAACCCCCGAGGCCAUCACGUGUCUGCGAAAUGCUCCCUUUGAGGAGAUCAAUACGGCCAUCAAUGUCACCGGCAUUAGCCCUUGGCCUCCGGCGCUUGACCAUGAUUUUGUUGCAGAUUAUCCCGCAAACCAAAUUGCAAAUGAGAAAUUCGUUCAUGUUCCUAUCCUUAUUGGCUCAAACUCCGAUGAAGGUACAGCAUUCGGCCCUGGUCGAGGCCCUAACGAUGGACCUGUCAACACUGAUGACGACUUCGCUUACGCGAUCAGCAACAUCAUCAGCUCAAACGUCACAAACUCGACAGGAAAAUCUGCGGAUGAGAUUACUUACGAGCUCUCCAUCCUCUAUCCUGAUAUCCAGAGCAUCGGCAUCCCAUCAUUGGAAAGCUGGCCUGUGGUGGUCACCAACGAUACGGAAGAUAUCGAGGACUUGGGAUUACAAUAUCGACGUAUCAAUGCAUUGGCCGGUGACUAUUACUUUCACUACGCGCGCAGAAGAGCAAGCAUUGCAUGGAGCAACGCAGGCUUGGCUUCAUACACCUAUCGUUUCGAUGUCACUGUGAAUGGCAUUCCGGUAUCUACCGCAGCAACGCACUUUCAAGAGGUAGCCUUUGUCUUCUACAACCUGAAUGGGGAAGGCUAUGCCACAAACCCAUUCACCAACACUACCCAAGCAUACAAGGACCUGGCGCUUACAAUAUCAUCGGCAUGGAUUAACUUUUUUGUUUCACUGGAUCCCAAUAGCGAGGCGGUAUCUCCAGCAUGGCCCAUCUACAAUACCACGAGCAGCAGUGGCGUUGGAAAAGAGGUUGUGUGGAGUGUAAAGGAUGGCGGAAGCUACGUCGAGUUCGAUGAUUACAGGGCGGAAGGUAUGAAGUAUCUCAGCGACAAUGCUCUGACGCUUUUCGGCAACUAGAAAAUUACGCAUAGAUAUCCCCGACGGAGCAGGUGCAUCUAAUCACGAUUUAUAUUCUGCAAUCGAUCAAAGGCAAUGAAGCAAUGUCUGGGUCACCGUGCC